UGCAGCAGAGUUAAUUUAUCACAGCACAACUACACAACCGCAAUUACAACAUGUCUAGAUCUGGUGUUGCCGUUUCCGACGAAGCAUUAAAGGCGUUCAACGACCUCAAGUUGGGCAAGAAGUACAAGUACGUCAUCUACAAGUUGAACGACGACAAGACCCAGAUUAUCGUCGACAACACGUCCACCGACGCGUCCUACGACGCCUUCUUGGAGGAGUUCCCAGAGAACGACUGCAAGUACGCUGUCUACGACUUCGAGUACGAGAUCAGCGCCGGCGAGGGCAAGAGAUCCAAGAUCGUCUUCUUUCAGUGGUCGCCAGACACCGCCUCCAUCAGAGCCAAGAUGGUGUACGCCUCCUCCAAGGACGCCUUGAGAAGAGCCUUGAACGGUGUCUCCUCUGACAUCCAGGGCACCGACUUCUCCGAGGUCUCCUACGAGGCCGUCUUGGAAAAGGUCUCCAGAGGCGCAGGCUCCCACUAAUUGUGGUCACCCGUGCCCCUUCGCCACUCUUACCGCCACCUCCACCACCUACGUUUGCCUCUCGACAUACUCUCUCUGUACGUAUAUACACUCAAUCCCUAUAUACUAUAUCAAUCCCAGUAAGCAACCUUCUCACGGGACCUCCUUCUCCUUCCGGUG